AUGCCAAUAAUCCCCUCCCACGUUUCUGUUUCUACGAAGGAGUCAUCAACAUGCACCAGGGAAUCACCAGACUAUACCUCCAGGGACAGAGAUCCCCACGCUACCACCAUCCUCUUGUGCAGAUCCAAGGGCAGCCAGACUUCCCUGGAGCACCAGUUAUUUAUGGAGGAGGCCUACAACUCAGCCAUCUGCUUCAAGAUGCUCCGAGACAUAGGCACCGCAGACCUUCUCCAAAUCAAGUACAUCACCAAGAAGAUAAAGAAGAUGGCUCAGAGGUCCCCCAACCUGGUGAUGGAAACCAUCUACGACUUCUUCAAAGACAACCCAGAGAUGUCCUGCCGACACAGAUUCCGGCUGUUCCAGGUCCUGGUGGCAGUCAUUGGAGCCCUCGAGGUCUUGGAGGAGACCUGGCAAAAGUGCUUCAUGCAGCUGGCCCUGGAGCACAUGGCCAAGUCCACGGAACUGGAUGAUCUAUAUCAAGAUGCAGCCAGCAAUGUGUUACUGGCUCUCUGUCAGCAUUCAUGGCCGGCAGUGGCCAAGCACUUGGAGACGGAGUUCCUGACAGGCGUCUUCCCACACCGCAGCCUGUUGUAUGUGAUGGGCAUCCUGUUCUCUCAAGAGGAGCUUCUCAAGAAAGAAGACAGAGAGAACUGGAAAGGUCUGCUUUCCCAGAUGGCCAGAAAGUCGGUGCCAUUCCUGAACACAGAUGUGUGGUCCAAGGAGUUGCUGUGGGCCAUCACCAAGGCUGGCAGGACACAGCAAGAGCAUGCCCCAGACAAGGCCUUCCUGUUCACCUACUACGGGCUAAUCCUUCAAGCUGAGGAGAACAGCACCACCGUGAGGACACAUCUCAAAACCCUCUUGGAAACAUCUCACCAGUGGGCCAAGCAAAGGGAGGGCAUUGCUCUCACGGUGGGGCUGGUUGCAGUACGCCACUUGGCUGAUACCUGGGCCAUCCUAGAACAGUUUGGCCGGAGCACACCCUUCAAGUGGAGCCUACAGAACUUUUCCCUGAAGAACCUCGAGGACCUUCGGUGGAAGUGGGCCAGCAGCACCCUCCUCCUCUCCUACGGCCAGAUGGCAGCCUGGGCCAAGAACCACAUCCUACCGUGGGUGGACAACAUCUUAUCCAGGAUGAUCUUCUACUUCCGCUUUAGCUCCUGGGAUGAGACCCUGAAACAAAGCUUCCUUACGGCUGUCACGAUGCUGGUGGGGGCCAUCAGCCGGAGCGAAGGUGCUCACAGCUACGAGUUCUCCCAGACUAGUGAGCUCCUCGAGUGUCUGAUGACACUGCUGGAGAAAGAGCCACAAGAUACCCUGUCCACCAGCAUCCGCCAGCAGGCCAUCCACAUUGUCUCCAGCCUCUGUGCACUGAGGCCACCCAUGGAUGUGGACAGGAAAUCCCGCCUCCUCUCCAUCUGCUUCCGCAGCAUCUUUGCCCUGCCGCAGCUGGAUGCCCUGGAGAAGCAGACCUGCCUCCUCCAGGAACCACCCAACAUCCAGGUGCAGCCUGUACUUAAGCCCAGGGGACCCUGGGGUGCUGUGGCAGCUUUGGGGACUCAUCCCCACAGGACCUGGCUGACCUCCUCUCUUCUGCAGGGACUGUACAGACAGACCAUGGAGGCACUGGACCACAUGCUACAGUGCUUCAUGGUGCAGAACCCCACGGCCAACGAGCUACACUUCCUGCUGUUGCACCUGUAUGUCUGGCUGACGUCAGAGAAGACUCAUGAGCGCCAACGGGCAGUGCACAGAUGCACAACACUCUUCAAAUUCCUGAACCAGAAACGCUGCCUAAGUACCAAGGAGAACUUCGUAAGGAUUGGGCAGCUGGUAGCCACGCUGGGCAUCCUGUGCCAGGAUUCUGACAGAACCAUCCAGUGCUUCAGUCUGGAAGCUUUGGGCCAUCUCUAUCAGCUUCUGAUGCACCAGAAAGCCCAAGAAACUCCAGAAGAGGAGAGGGAAAGCCCUCGGGAACUGUUCAGGCCUGAUGCAGAUGAAGCUACCUUAUGGAGCAGUGGAGACCAGAAGGGGUCUCCUCCAAUCCCCCAGGGGAUGGCAUUCAGUGAUGACAGCAUCUUCCACAUGAGCAGCAACCAAGCCCUCAAGGUGAUCACAAAUCAUCUGGAAAUGGCAGAGCUGACUGAUGUCAUCUGGACAGCCAUUGAUGGCUUGGGCUCUUCCAGCAAUUCCUGGGUGCAGGCGUCUGCUGAUUUACUUCUCUUUGUCAUCCAGGAGCAUGGAGACAGCCUGGCGACUGUUGGUAAAAUGGGCCAGGCCAUCCACCACCAUCUCUGUACCAUCCAAAUGCCCCAAGCCAAGGACAGUGCCCUGCGUGUCAUCACCCUCCUGGCCCGGAACCACAUCCCAGAGCUGGUGGCUGCCUUCCUAGACUUUUCCUCGCCCCUGGACAGCAACGCCUUUCGCCUGUGGAGGGCCCUGGGCGCUGAACAGCCUGCAAGCUACCUGAUUCUGACUGUGCUGCUGGCUUGGCUGCAGAAGAGGCCUCCUCCCCCGAGUGUCGAGGACAGCAGCUCCUGUCCCGACGAGAAGCCCUACUUGCGUUCACUGGCUGCCAUGAAUACGAUCCACGAGCUACAGUUUGCACGAGAGUUCAAGAAAGCCGUAAGGGAUGUCUUUCCCCAGCUGUUCCUGGCCCAUCUGGCCCAAAUGCACUACAUUCUGGAGCUGAACCAACCUACAGAGCCUGAGCCGGGGCAGAAAGCCCAGGAGGCAGCCAUGCCAAGCCCACAAAGCCUGGCCUCUCUGCUUGGCUGCAGCAUAUCACUGGAGGCCCUGAAGAGCCUGCUGUCCACCACAGGACACUGGCACGACUUCGCUCACCUGGAACUGCAGAGUGCGUGGGAAUACUUCACCUCCGUCCACACCUAUCCACAGGCCGUGGGACUCCUUGCCAGGGCCAUGGUGCAGAACCACUGCACACAGAUCAAGGCAGUCCUUGGCUACUUGCUACCCAACCUGCAGAGCCCGCAGGAGCGAGAAAGGAAGACAGCCAUCCUGCUCCUCGUUGAGUUCCUCUAUAGCCCUGCCCUGUUGGAGGUGCUUUCUAAACAGGCUGCCCUGACUGUACUGGCUCAAAGCCUCCAGGACCCCAGCUCUGAGAUCCGCGUGGCCAGCCUGCAGGGCCUUGGGAACAUACUCUUCCACCCGGAGAAGGAAAGCCUGCUCCAGGGUCAGCUGCCAGCCUUCCUCAAUGGCUUCUUCCAAAAGAACGAGGCAGUGGUGGUUGGCAUCAUGGGCAUGGUCUCGGAUGUGCUGCACCGCCUGGGCACACAGGGCGCAGGGGCACAGAGUCUCAGCAUCGCCAUCAACGCCCGCCACUUCUUUGAUGACGAACAGGACAAAGUUCGAGCAGCAGCUAUGGCACUAUUUGGGGAUCUGGUGGCAACGGUGGCAGACAGGGAGCAGAGCAACCUGAGGACUCAAGUAUGCCAGAGCAUGGUGCCUUUGCUCCUGCACCUGAAAGACCAGUGUCCAGCUGUCGUCACGCAGGCCAAGUUCGCAUUCUACCGCUGUGCUGUGCUGCUCCGUUGGCAACCACGGUACACCCUGUUCUGCACGCUAGCCUGGGAGACCGGCCUCAGUGCCCGCCACUUCCUCUGGACCUGCCUGAUGACCCACAGCCAGGAGGAGUUCAGCAUCCACCUGUCACAGGCCAUCAACUACCUGCACAGCUGUCACCGCCACAUCAAGACCUGGGCAGCUCUUUUUAUAGGGUACACCACUUGCAACCAACCCCAGGCUGUGUCACAGAUGCUAAAUGACAAGGACAUCAGGCUGUUAUUCUCCACCUUUAAGGACCUCAAAAGGGACCCAGAACCCGGCAUCCGGGAAUUUGCCACCAGACAACUCUCGUUCUUUCGGAUGGUGUCAGCCAAACCCAAGAAGUGACUUUGAGCCAUUCUCCCUGCCUCCGCCCCCAGAACAGCCCUGCCCCUACCCUGAGAGAGCUUGGUUGUAUACCAUUUUUUCACUUGAAAGAAAAAUCU